UUCAAAAUGAAUGUUUGUCUGAUGGUAUUUUAAUAUCUGAGAGUCAUAUUUCUCCAACUCUCAGGAGUUUACAGUAAAGCGCGUGUUUAGCGCCAGCUGCAGGUGAGUUGAUGAACUGUGAACCCGUUCAUUGACGUGACCUCAGAACACGAGACUCCGUUUACCUCCUUCACGAUCCUUCACUGCACAUGAGUCUGAGCCCAACUACAACAUGAAAUGACUCUUCAGAAUAAUUCAUCAUCCUCAUCCUCAUUCAUCCUCUCACUCCAGCUGUGCGUAAAAACGCAGCAGCCUUCGUGGAUCCUCGGUGCUGGCGCAUCGUGAGAGAAGCCGCGCGGGUGAUUCUUCUCUGACUCUCAGUAAAAGAAAAUCAACGCUUUUCUCGUCUUUUCUCUCGGAGUUGGAGCGGAUUUACGCACAUUUUUACCGCGGUUUGCAGCGAUGUUGACAGUGAAAGUGUUCACUAGGCUGUUGCUGCUGCUGAUGAUGAUGAUGGUCACUCAUUUUUCCAGUCAACACAUGGAUGUGGACAACUGGAGAGAAGAGAACAAGUGGCCAAACUCUGAAAUAAUCCCGGAUGGUUCAGUGAGAAUGAUCAGAAAACCGGGACCACGUCACUCUCUUGGACUCAUGGGAAAGAAAGAGUUUGCAGCAAAACUGCAAAAAGCGCAUAAUCGUCGCAAGUUUCAAACCUUCGUGGGUUUGAUGGGGAAAAGAAGCUUUUCUCAGGAUGAAGGAGCUCAGAGGAGGCACGAGGACGACUGAGGAGAAAAAAACACAACAAACAAACAUCUUCACAUUACCUGCUGCUUCAUUUCAGUCCAGACUGAAGAAAACGUUUCACCCUCUGUCACAACGAUGUCAGGUUAAAGAGUCGAGUUGUUGCCAAACAGUGACAUCUAGUGGAGAGAAUUGAUAAACACAAGAGGGUCUGAAAAACUGGGUCUCACACCGCUGCGUUCUAUUUGUCAUCGGAACUCAGAAACUCCACGUACCUCGAGUCCAGGAUUCCAACGCAAUCAACGUUAAUAUCACUUGUGUCGUGUUUGUUUCACAGUAAAUCUGUCGUAAUUCAUAAUGCAUGUUAAAUAUGUACAACAGCGACCUUAAAGGCACUGUAUAUAAAAUGUUUUCAGCAGUUUUUGGUGUAGUUUCCUGUCACAGAUGAACACUCACUUCACUGUUCUCUUCACAAGUGUCUGUGAGGGUUGAACCUGACCUUCAGUCACAAUCAGAACAUGUUUACGUUUGUCCACUGUGGGUUACUGUAAAACUCAAAUCCACUCGUACUUGUAUAAAAACACUAAAAUCGACUCACCCGUCUGUAUUUGAACUUCUCUCCACGUUUUUUCAGAGCAGGUGAAGUUUCAUUAAGGUCCAGCAUUUGGUGGUGGGUGG